AUGGCGGACGAAAUCACUGACAAUGGCGACUCUCUCUUGAUGAGAAUCAAGUUGGAUCCAAUGGCUGUUCCCAAGAUUCUCGGCGGAACCGACGGAGUGUGGGCCAAAUUGAAUGUCAUUGGUGACGAAGCCAGCCCUCCGUUCAUGGGAGAACACUAUGGCAAACUCCAUCGUGCACCCACAGUUCAGCUUCCAAUGUUUAACUUUUCUGACGUGGAGUUUGUGGAGAAUGGUGUGGAACAAACCUUCCGAAAGAUGUAUGAAGGAGACGUCACAAUGAAAACCACAAUCAAAUUUUCCAGCGGGGACAACCGACAAGUAGAGUCCAUAGUAUUGAUUGCGUCUCUCGAUUCGGAGGACGUGGACCAGAGAUUCCUGGGCUCUUUUGCUAGAUUCUACGUGGGUGGCGACAGAUAUGGUACCGACUCUUCAAAUUCCUUCCAAAUACAGGGUGCUAUUAGCAGCCCAUUCGUCUCCUUUCUGCCGUCGGCUCAAAGGGAUGCUCUCUAUUCGAGGAUGCUACAUCUUUUUCUUCGCUCCCACGGGGCAUUCCUGGAUUUCACCCUGUUGGACAAUUGGAUUGGUGAUCUGAAAGCUGGAUUUGUAAAUGACGGGCGAUGGAAGGAAGCCCUCGAUGUCGCCAUGAUUCUUGCCGAUGUUUCCUUGACGCACAGCGAAUGUACCCAGAAGGGCUUUGCACUGGAGCAAGCUGCUCAACUUCUUCGAACUACAAAGUCGUAUGCAAAUGCCUCUCUCGUCGUUCAAGACUUCAUCAACUUCUUUUGGGACGACAGUUUGAUGCCAUUGUCCGUUGCCUACCAGAAUGUGGCCUGCGCGGCCAAAGCUGCACGCAACUUUCAGGAGGCCGAAGACUUUCAUGUCAAGGCAUUGAACGUUGGGUUCGCUGCACAUGGUAACAAGUUCCCGUGGUCAGAGGGCGCUGGAACGGGAAAACCACGGUUGCUCAACGGAGUUUUGCAACUCUACACAGACUGGCUCGAAUUGGACACCGGGAGCUUCGACCUGUCUGCGGUCGUUGCUCUUGUCGCUCUACUUGCUGUUGCGGAAGCUACCGGCAUCAAGAAAAAGGAUCGGUACUUUGAAGAUCUCUUUGCGGAAAUUAGUGCAGCGGCGUGGGGCUGUUCUGCCCAAAAAGCCCGGGAUUCCCUCAUGCCACAAUACCGAAGCAAAAGUGCAGCGCAGAGAGCUCUCACGGAAGCUGUCUCUGAACCCUGCAGCGGUCAGAAGUUUCGUUCCUCCGUCACCAAAUGCCUCGUGCUUCCAAAAAUACCAUUCUUUGUGGAUAACGACUACAUGAAUUCGUUGAAGGUUCUCCAGAGGAAGCAGGACUUCAAGAAGCGAAUGAAGGAGGCUUCAAGAUCCUUUGUGGCUCGGAAAGUCUCGACAGCCACUACACCGGAAAGCUCAAUGAAACCCUGCUUCAGUGACGAAUGUGGUGCAAUGUGUUCAAAGAACGACCUGAAAUUUUGUCCGUGUAUGACUGUUGGAUACUGCGGAAAAGACUGUCAGAUUCAAGACUGGAAACGCCACAAGAAUGGAUGUCCGUGGCAGGCGCAAAAGAAGGCUUCCAAGAAGAGCAAGAAGAAAGCUCACACCAGUGAGGCUACCUAG